AUGCCCAGACAAGCUCAAGAAGAUGUUCUCAAAUCCUACGCGGAGAGUCUACCGCCCAAUGUGUCACAAGGGGAGGCAACAGAAUUUUACAACGGAUUAGAUGAAAUUGCAUAUGCUAUCUCAAGAUUACCGUUGGGUACACCUCGAGCAUUGAAAGUAAUUUGCGUUGGUGCAGGGUUCAGUGGCUUGGCGUUCGCGCGAGAAGUCGAACUUGGCAACCUGACUAACGUGAAGCUCACCGUAUACGAAAAAAAUGCCUCAGUUGGAGGAACAUGGUAUGAGAAUCGAUAUCCAGGAUGCGCCUGUGAUAUUCCUGUGCAUAACUAUCAGUACUCCUGGGCCCCAUGUCCGUACUUCAAAAGCUACUAUGCUACCGGGAAAGACAUCCAUACGUACAUCGAAGCAGUCGCCGAUCAACACAACCUCCGAAAAUACGUGAAAGUCUCCCACAAAAUUAUCGGUGCCAAGUGGAUUGAAGAAAAACAAAAGUGGCAGGUGAAAAUUGUCGCGACCGACGGCAGAGACGUGAUGGUCAGCAAUCGAUUCAACAAAGACGGGGAGUCUGGAGAGCCUUUCAUUGAAGAAUGUGACGUACUUAUCAAUGCCGGAGGAUGCUUCAAUGACUGGAAGUGGCCGACAAUUCCUGGAAGAGAAAUCUUCAAGGGUGAGAUGAUCCAUUCUGCAGCUUGGCCAAAAAACGCCGAUCUCCAAGGCAAGAUUGUCGCUUUGAUUGGCAACGGCAGCACGGGUGUCCAAAUCCUUCCCAAUAUCCUUGAUGAUGUGGAAAAGGUUUAUGUCUACAUUCGUAGCAAGACAUGGGUAACGGCUAAUUUUGCUCAGAGGUUUGCUGGUCCGAAUGGCGCAAAUGUUUUCUUUACAGAGGAACAGAAGGAGCGCUGGGCGAAGCAUCCUGAUGAGUAUCUUCUGUAUCGGAAGCAGGUUGAGUCAGAGCUGAACUCUCGUUUCCGUCUCUAUCUCAAGGAUUCAGAGGCGCAAAAACAAGCUCUUGAAUACUCCAUCUCUCAGAUGACUGAAAAGCUCUCUGCCAAGCCAGAAAUCGCCCCAAAGUUGAUUCCAGAAUUUUCUGUUGGCUGUCGGCGUACAACACCAGGGAACGGUUAUCUUGAGGCUCUGUGCUCGCCUAAAGUUGAAGUCAUUUGGGGAGGCAUCGAUUCUUUCAAUGAGACUGGUCUUCUGGCAGAAAAUGGUCAACAACGAAAAGUUGACACGAUCAUUUGCGCGACAGGUUUCAACAUGUCAUUCUCGCCUCGUUUCCCUAUCAUCGGUCGCAAUAACGUCAACUUGCAGGAUAGGUGGGAUGAAAACCCUGAAUGCUAUCUCUCAGUCACCGCUGCAGAUAUGCCAAACUACUUCAUUUACCUUGGUCCAGCAAGUCCUCUUGGACACGGCAGCGUCGUCAGCUCCCUCGAGCGCGUGACAGAGUAUAUUGCCCAAUUUGCUCGCAAACUUCAAACGGAGAACUACAGCUCUGUUAUGCCAAAACCACAUAUUCCUCGUGCAUACCAACGUCAAGCUUUGGCCUGGUUGAAGAAAACUGCCUGGAGUUCUAAUUGCGCAUCGACAUACAAAAAUGGCAAACCAGACGGUCCUUUGAUCUCACUUCAUCCCGGGUCAAGAUUACACUAUUUUCAGCUUCUGAGUCGGCCUCGCUGGGAGGACUUUGACUGGACCAGUCUAUGCGAGGAUGUUGAUCUUACCUUUGCCUGGCUAGGUAAUGGAUUUAUCGCUGAGGAAUGUAAAGAAAAGACAGAAGAAGAUCUGACCUGGUUUAUACCUCCAGUUCACCCCGAAAAAAUGAUUAAAGCGACAUUUUGA